AUGUCUCAGGACUGCUUUUUGAAUAGUAAAGAUGGAAAAAACUUUGGUUCAUCGCGUGGCUUAAGUGGUUUGGUACAACUGUCUGAAUGCAAUGACGAAGUAAAACAUCAUUUGAUAAGCUGCCACCUGUCUAAAGAGGUCUUAAGUGAAAUGAGCUACUCUUGGCACGGAUUGGCCUAUUUCACCUCGCUCAGGAGGAUAAACAAAAAAAUGUGGAUUUGCUAUAGGCAUCGCCACACUUUGGGGAAGUUUUGGAGAAGUGCAAAGGUUACAUGUCAGUAUCCUGAUCAUGAUGGCGUCAGGAAGCGUAUCCAAGGCAGAGAUGUAAUUACCUUGCAUAUGUCUCAGGACAUUCAAAAGCUGUUUGAAGUUAUUAUUCCAGUUGAAUCAGGUAGUCUUCGGUAACAUUUUCUGUUAUCUAUUUUUCUCACGUGACAUAUCUGCUCGAAAAGAGAAGAAAUUCUUUUUUAGAUGAAGGGUACUUAAGUACACAUCACGUUGAAAAAACAUGGAUCUGUGUUUAAGUGCUUUUAAUUGCAGAUGGAAAUAUGUACAAUGUUGCUUGCUUGAUAAUCAAUAAUGUAUUUGUAGAAGAUCAAAUCACCUGACAACGCAAUACACUUAUUCAUGCGUACGGUUCAAAAUUAUUUGCGGUUAGUUUUCCCCGGUUUGUAUGAUUCUCAUUAACCAGUAUGAUUAAAUUUGCAGACUAAAACACCCCUUAUUUUAUUAAGAAUAAUGAAAGUAAACAGUGAAUAUCGGUUUUCAAUUCCUCAUGAAAGCUACUAGGCUUUACUUUAACUGAGAAAUUUGCAAUCGCCCACCUCAGCUCUCUGUGUCCCAUGCUGUAAGAAGCACAAGAAAAAAGUUGAUGAUAGUGAGCCUUGGCUGAGACAAGAAGAAUCAGAGAAGAAUCUACGGUCCCCAGAAACGCCACUUUUAAACGCGACAACUAAGGUAAAUUGA